AUGUCCUUUUUGCCAGGUGUCCUGAUGUGGGAGGUAUUCACCUACUGUCUGGAGAACCCAUACCACGGCAUGAACAAUGCGCAGGUUUACCAAUUCAUUGUUGGAGGUGGUCGACUUCACAAGCCUGCCAUUUGUCCUGAUCGUCUCUACGUUCUUAUGCUGGAAUGUUGGCAGCAUGUAAGUCGUCUUUUUUUAAAUUCCCUUAGUACACGUUAA